AUGAACACCAACAAGACAACAACAAUGUCUCCCCUCUCAACCACACUCUUCCCUCUUCUCUUCUGUCUCCUCUUAUCACCAGUCUCAUCUCAAGAUGAUUCACACCCUUGGCCAGGCUUCAUCUACACAAGAACCGGAGGAAGAUGCAGUGCACAGUUUUGGAGCGGUAGACAAGAAACAUGGCCGAGAAUGGUACCAGAGACAUCAACGGUAUCGAAUGUGUUUGGAUGGAGAGUGUAUAAAAGAUACAGAUCGGAUCUUACGUUACUUGAAGCAACGAGUAGGGACGAUGAAGUGGAGAACCCUUUUGGAGCGUUGUUGAAAGAGGGAACAGCUGCACUGAUAAACUCGUAUGCGAGAGAAGGUUUUCCGUUUAGGUCAUGGCAGGUUAAGACUUUGGUUAUGCAAGGUUUUGUUUCUGAGGUUGCUGCUGCUUCUCAAGCCAAACGUUUCUCUUUGGCUAACCAUGCUUGCUCCUGA